CUAUUUCUCCCGGCCAGCCACUUGGACGGCCAGCUUCUGCGCAAGCAAAACGCCCUCAAAAGCCAAGGAAGCAAAACAAAGCUUCUUGCCAAAACAACAGAAUUCAGCAGCAACCCAAAAGUCAAAGAACAGCGAGAGAAACAAACAACGCUACUUUAUUGGAGGUAUCCUUCCCACUACCACCAUGACCUCCCUCGGGCUUGAUCUCGGAGUUGGUGUUGGCAACAUCCCUUCCAACGCGGCCGCAGUGGUCUUUGGCAACUCCGCUCUGGCCAUGAAUGGCGAUGAGUAUGUCCGCUGUUUGACCUGCGGAUAUGGAGGCUGCGAUAUUCGAGUCUCGGGAUGUGGCUGCACACUGCACGCGCGCUGUCUUCGCUUGAAGCCUGGUGGCCCCAUGACGGCUUGCCCUCACUGUAACAAGCCCAGUUCAGGACUGGUCCUCUUUCCCAUGUCCUUUCGAGAGAUUGAUGAGGCGAAGAAGACAUCGAACGCUCUCCAGAAUGGUCAGCGUAAUCGAGGAAGGAAGCGCAAAUCCGAAGGCCCCACUGGACUCGAAGAAAAGGGAGGCUACGUGUCGGAACGUCGUACCGGUCGUUGGACCGUCGAGGAGAUGACUUACUGCGACAAACUCAUUGAGAAAUUCGAGUCUGGAGAGAUGCCAAUUGUUAACGGUAUCAAGCUCAACGAGUUUCUCGGGAACAUGCUCAAGUCAAAGCAAUCUCGUCUCACCAAAAAGAUGAAGAAUGCCAAGCUCAGUACCAAAACAUUCCAACGCACGAUCGGCUAUCUCCACGAUGUCAACGAAGCACGCGAGUUCUCGGAACUGGAAGAGUCCUUCUACAACGCCAUUCAGGACCUACAGGAACGUGCGGAAAUUAAAUUCCACAUGCAACGAGAAUGGAGAGAGCAAUUCAGCCAGUUUUGUGUUUCUAUUGGCCAGCCUCUCGAUGCCGAUGGAUGGCUCAGCAGUGUGGAGGAAAUGGAUAGGAGGGCCUCUUCGGCGCAGAAUGCUGCCAGGAUGACGCGUCGUAAGAUGAUGAUGGGCUUUGCUCUUCGCACCGAUUGCCGAAACCCUGACCAGGGAGUUUUCAUUGAGAAAACGGAGGACGAACAGAUUGUCGCUGAACACACUUGUGCUGAUGGAGACCAGAGCAAGGAAGCCGACAUUAUGAUGAAUUUCCUCAGCGAGCGCAAGGCCGAAAGUCUGGCCAUGGACAUGAAUGGCAAGAGUAGCUUGCUGCACUCGGCGCCUUUUUUGGCCAAAACCAUUUCCUACUUGCAGAGGCACAACGUUCCAUUUGAGCAUGUCGACCUCUGGGUGCCAUCCUUUGUUCCUACAAGUGGCAUGGAGCUGCAGUCUGGUGAAGCCUGCAGGCUUUGCUAUGCCGGUAGUGCUACUGUUGACAAGCAAGUCGACCAGGACGGCAAGAACACGCGAAGCCUCACGUCCGAGGAACAGUUCAAUCUCUUUGCCUUUGGGGACUACAGCCAAAAGUUCUCCUUUGAUGUUGGUUGUGGUUUGCCUGGCCGUGUUUAUGAGAGUGGUCGCCCCACUUGGGAGCAGAGUGUGCACAACGCACCUCAUAACCACUUUGAGCGUUGUGGCGGGGCUCUCCAGUGGGGAAUCAAGACAGUCCUUGGGAUUCCAAUUGCAAGUCCCAAUGUUGGUCGUAUUGUGGUGACACUGUACUCAUGUCACGAUCGCCCAAAGGAUCAAGAGCUGGUAGCCCGUCUUAUGGAUGAAUUCACGAGGCUCUUGCCUUCACCAAAGUGGAAGCUCGUUGUCGAUAUUGGCGAACCCGAAGAAUCCCCCGCAGUGUCAGCUGCGGCGUCCACUGUUGCUGCUGAUACGAAUUCUGCGGGCAUGUCAAACGAGGCGAACGAUGGUUUCAUACCCAACAACAACACCGCGCCAGUUCCGGCGGGUGGCAAAGACGCCCGCAUUGACGACGUUGUCUCUCUUCUCGGAGAGUACAUGCCUUCGGACCCGUCUUCUACCAUGGCCCCCUACUUGUCGGGGUUCAUGUCUCUGCGCUUGCUUUUCUUGCGUCCCUCGCGCACGGCAGAAGAGGAGGAGCUGGCCCGUACUAUGCUUGAUUCCUACUCUUCCUAUUCGGCUGGCGGACGUUCUCGCAGCGAUAUUGCCGUGAUGUUGGCUCGUGACUUUAUGUUUUUGAGUCAACAGCAACAACAGCAGGUAGCACCACCUGCCCCGCAGCAGGUUACUCAGCAAAACGGGUAUUUAGGUAUCGCGCAGCAGCAACAACAGCAGCCCCAAAUGAACGCUCCUGCUCCGUCAGGGACAACUGAUUCUUUAUCCAUCGUAUCGAACUAGGUUGAUCACGAAUGCUCUUCAAGCUGGAGGUGGACGGCUUUUUUCACAAUUUUGGAACACUUUUUGCCGAUCAUGCAUGCCGUGGGGGUGACCAUUUUUAAACAAUUUUCCGUAUAUGGUUGGUUUUUUGCAUCAAUAUAUCACUAAUUUGAAGUCUCGCUAGGCGUAAGAAGUUAAAUGCAGACUCUAAACAAAAUCUUUUUAAGUUC